AACACAAUUUCAUAAGCAAAAUAUUCCACAACACCAGUCUGAUCGAGCUUUUUUUCGGUUGACGGGUGGAGUUUCCAGCGCAUUUACUUCCAAUAUAACCUACUAACUAACUAUAAACAGGAUAUUGAUGUCAUUUGGUGGCACACAAAACGGCGGUCGCCGUAGUAAAUGGGACCAGCCCGGGCCGGGUUCAGGGGGGAUGGGAGAAGCGGAGGCAGCGCCUACCGGGGCUCUGGAUGCCGCCGCUGCGGUGGCUGCAAAGAUCAACGCCAUGCUGGUGGCCAAGGGGAAACUGAAGCCCUCUCAGAUAGGAAGCUCUGGUCCUCCUGACAAGGUUGUCGGUAUGGGGAAGCCUCAGAUGCCCAUGAAAGCAAAGGAUGACUUGGUGGUGGCAGAGGUCGAAAUCAACGAUGUCCCUCUCGCCUGCAGAAACCUGCUGACCCGAGGACAGACACAGGAUGAGAUCAGCAGAGUUAGCGGCGCAGCCGUCUCCACCAGGGGGCGCUACAUGGCUUCAGAAGAAAAGGGCAAAGCGUUACCAGGGGACAGGCCCCUCUACCUGCAUGUCCAGGGCCAGACCAGGGAGCUGGUGGACAGAGCGGUGAACAGGAUCAAGGAGAUCAUCACCAACGGUGUGGUGAAGGCUGCCACGGCAACCUCCACCGCCCUGUCCUCCUCCUACAGCCCCGCCACCGUCAUCUACCACCACCAGAACCCCUCGCCCCCAUCACUUCCCCCCAUGACACACCACAAGCCUCACUUCCAGUCUGGGAUGCACUAUGUGCAGGACAAGCUGUUUGUGGGUCUGGAACACGCCAUCCAGGGCUUCACGGUGAAGGACAGGGUGGAGGGCCCCUGCUGUUCCUACCUGCAGCACAUCCAGAUGGAGACUGGAGCCAAAGUGUUCCUGCGGGGCCGCGGCUCUGGCUGCCUGGAGCCUGCCUCUGGACGAGAGGCCUUCGAACCCAUGUACAUCUAUAUCAGUCAUCCCAAACCGGAGGGUCUUGCAGCAGCCAAGAUCUUGUGUGAAAACCUCCUGCAGACAGUCCAUGCAGAAUACUCCCGCUUCCUAAACCAGAUGAGUUCCAUGAUGCCUACUCAAGGCUUCAUCCAGCCCCCGGUGGUGAACGGGAUGCCCCCCCAGCCCCAGUACUACCCCCCUGCGGGGUUCCAGCCAGGCUACCCCAUGCCUGUGCCCCCACCCCAACCCCAGCCCCAACCUGUCCCACCCCCCUACACAGUCCCCCCUCCCAUACCCCCUGGUGCCCCCACAGGUGUCCCUCCUCUAGGUUCUCAGUACUCCCUCCCCCCCGCCCCGGUCUCCAUGCCUCAGGCUCUUCCCCCCGCUCCCUUCCCCCCAGCUGCAGCUGCUCUGCCUAAAGCCCCGCCUCCUGUCCUCUCAGCCAAUCAACCGCAGAAGAGACGCUUCACAGAGGAGAUCCCAGAUGAGGCAGACAGCGGCCUACUGGGAUACCAGCAUGGACCCAUUCAUAUGACUAAUUUAGGUGCAGGCUUCCCCGUGGCCACCCCAGAGGCCUCAGGACCCCCGCCCCAGAGUUCCUCCAGCCCACCGAGGGAGAGGGACAGUAGGCAGCUAAUGCCCCCGCCCAUGCCCAUGAACGGAGGAGUGCGGCCCGCAGCGGAGGAGAGGAGGCCGCUUCAUGGCCCCCUGGGUAAGGGCUUCACCCCCGGGACGCCUCUGACCCCAGCCCAGGUCCACUCACCCCCCCGCCCAACCCUUUCUGGCAUGGGACGAUGUCUGUCCCGUACCCAGCCCCCCACACCCUCCAGCCCCCACCUCCCCUCUGUCUACCUACCCCCCGGUCAGGCAGCACGCUGCCCUCUCCUGCCCUCUCUGCCCCCGUCUGAUGUAGGAUGUGAGGUAGAGGUGGACCUGGCCCAUGGAUCCACAGUAUGAUCAUGAGCAGAGCUCAGCACUGGCUGUCUGGGCUGCAGCCGCAGCUUUCAAAUGUCUUUUCAUGCCGUGUUUCAAAAAGAAAGAGUUUGCAUGCAGAAUGGCACGUUAUCUUCACACUGAUGCGACGUGAACACUGGUACAGCUCCAGCGGCAGGAGGAAUGGAUCUCUCGCUUAACUGACAGUUAGGUUUUCAAACGUUCUGAACAGACAGCCCUCUUAACCGUGGGCACAAGUGCAGAUCUCACAGAGUUGGAAAGGUGUGAGCACUAGAGCCGAAAGGCACAUCAGUCUUGCCUAUGUCCCCAUAUUUCCUUUAUCAGUUCAGAUGUGUCAAGGCUCAGGGUUGUUUUGGGGGUCGGACUACCCCCCCCCCCCCUCUCUGAUGACGUCAUCAGACUGGAGUGUCUGUUUGGCCUACGCCACCUCUCACUAACAAGACUCUCUCUUUUUUGUGUUUUCUCUCCUUCUCUGUGUUUUUCUUCUCUUUCAUGUGUCUCUUGGGGGAUACUGGAUGCUGAUUGGUGGGUGGGGCACGGCUCUUCUCUGGACCCGCCUCAUGAUUGGAUGGUUCUUCCGCCACCUCUCCCCACCGACCAAUGGCUGCCGCUGACCCAUGCCCCUCCUUCACUCCUUUAAUUAACUCACUGCUGCUGCCAACACAAUGCUGUCCAUUAACUGUUUAUCUCUCCCUGAAAAUGUGUUAUUGACUAUUGAUUAUUGACGGUCGUUCUUUGAAACGUGUGCUGGUUGCUGUGCUGGUUGCUGUGCUCUCUCCUGUCUGUCUUUCUGUCUCUGUCGGUCUGUGGUUGUCUUUUUUCCUUGUCUCUCCCGAAUCUCCCUGUCCCCCUUUCUCCCCCUCCCCUCCCCCUCUCUCUGCCCCUCCCCCUCCCCUCCCUGCAGAGCCCUCAGUGAAGCGCAUGAAGGCGGGCCUUGUGGCAUACGCUGGUGACUCCUCGGACGAAGAGGAGGAUCACUCCACCCCCAAACUCUCGGGGGCAGGUAACCCCGGGGGCCCCCCUCCCCCUGCCUCUCCAGGCUGGACGCUGGGGUACCGGUGCCCCCCUCCUCCUCCCCCACGAGCCAAAACACAGCA